UAUUCACCCAAAAAUUGAUUUGUGACGUCUAUAAUUAAUUUCCUAAAGAAAAUGGUUUAUCUAUCUAAAUUUAAUUAAAUCAUAUUCAAUAAAGUAAAAAAAACUGAACUUAUCGAACAAUGGCAGGAUUUUAUGGCAUUGAAUCUCAAAGAGAGGUGAUUCGUGUCCAUGUAAAGAAGAGUGAUGGCCUUCUCCAGCCAGAGUUUAAGAAGUUUUCCAUCGACCCCCAGAUCACCUCGUUUGAGAUGCUCCAGAAUCUCCUAGCUAAGGCAUUUGACAUUCAAAGUGACUUCACCAUCAGCUAUGCAUCCCAGGACGGUGGUCAGGAUGUGUACCUCAGCAUGCUGUCUGAUUGGGACAUGGAUGCCGCGUUUCAGAAUGCCUCUGACCCAUGCCUCAAACUCAAGGUCGACCUUAAACCCUUUGAUGAUGCACUGGAGGAUUGGGACAUUAUAGCGCCAGUAGAGAUCCCUCAGUACCGGAUGACCUUCCUUGACCGCAGCAACUUCUUUGGCAACAUCACAGGCACCAUCUCAAACAAAAUGGGGAAAACUGUCAACCAAGUCCAGAGAGCAAUAGGCAUGAAAACGGAGGAUGAGCAGCAGUACCGGCCUGUGAAGGCUCCAAUGAGCGACAUGGAGUUCCGUAACUACAUGGACUCAGAUGGGCACAUGGUUAAACCUGGGGAGUUCCGACUGAGUAUCUACCAGGGUGGGGUGGAAAACUCCCUUCGACGUGUUGUGUGGCGCCAUCUACUGAACAUCUACCCAGAGUCAAUGUCAGGGAGGGAGAGGUUUGCCUACAUGAAGAAGAAAGAGAAUGAGUACUUUGAGUUGCGAGAUAAAUGGAGGCAGCUUUUCAAUGAGCGGAAGGUGUCGGAAGAUAUUAUACAUGUAGCCACUCUUGUGAAGAAAGAUGUGCUAAGAACUGAUAGAGGUCACAAGUAUUAUUCUGGGGGUGAUGAUAGUAAAAAUCUGAUAGCGUUGUACAAUCUCCUAGUCACAUAUGCCUUGACCCACCCAGAGGUGUCAUACUGCCAGGGUAUGAGUGACAUUGCGUCGCCCAUCCUUGUAGUGCAGAAGGAGGAGGCACAAGCCUAUCUCUGUUUCUGUGGCUUAAUGAAGAGACUGCGAUCAAACUUCUUGUAUGAUGGUGAAGCAAUCACCACAAAGCUUCAACACUUGUCCCUGCUAGUGCAAUUCUAUGACCCAGUGUUUCAUUCCUACAUGAAGGAGCAUGGCGCAGAUGACCUGUUCUUCUGCUACAGGUGGCUGCUUCUUGAACUCAAACGUGAGUUCCCCUUUGAGGAUGCCCUUUACAUGCUGGAGGUGAUGUGGAGCACGCUGCCUCCCAAUCCCCCGGAGGAAGAACUCACCCUUACAGACUCUGACUACUGUCCCUCUCUUCUUGUGACCGUAUCUCCCAAUUCACCAUCAUUCGCGGUGAAAACACAGUAUUCUCACCUGCUUGCCAAGAGAAGGCUGUCGACUAUUGUGAAAGACAACUCUGGGUUGACUGCCCAUUCACCAAAGACUGGAAUGGCCUCCCCUAAGACUGCUACAUUGAUACUAGAAAAUGGGCUUGAUGAUAAACUUCAAACAGUGAAAGAAGAAAGGAGUGAAUCUAAAAUGUCAUCAAACACUGACAAUUUAGACUUUGAACCAAGCAUGAGGAAAACUGGAAGUAUGGACGGUAAAAUUGUUACGAAAAAUCAUCCCACUGAUGAUGAAAACAUUCCAGGUAUAUUGAAACAAAAAGAAGACAUCUUAUCAAAACCUGAUGAUGCAUUGAACAAUGUGAACAGUGAAAUAAGAGACGACACUUCUGAAAGUAUAACUUACAAUGAACAAAAUGUCAUGGACUGUGUCAAACAUAAUGAUUUAAAAAAAGAAAGGAAGGAUGAAAUGUGUAAAUCCGAUGACAAAUCCCGCGACUCUAGUGAAGGAAGCAGUCCAAGUGAGAAAUGGAGCAGCUAUUACAGUCCCCCCAUGUCCCUGCCAUCUGACAAUGGCCAGCUGAUCAGUAGCUCCGUGAGCUCUGCCUCAUAUCUCUCCUCCCAAUCUGAAGACAGGUUUCCUAGUCUAAUAUCGGCCAGUGUUGAUAGUCGCAUUGUUGACAGUGAAACUGAGGUGAUAUGUUCAACUGAGGGAAUGAUUCUUUCAGCAAAUGAGAGCCAUUAUGUUUCCAGUGAGAUUCCAAUGGGUCUAAGCAGUAGUCCAGCAGUAAAUAACAAUAACACCAUUUGUGAGGACGAAAACGACGACCAUGCACAAUUUCAUUUAUCCCUUGAGAAGAAUGAGUCAGACAUUUUGAAAAAGGCCAGCAGUACCAAUGUGCCUCAAAUAAAAGGUUCAUUUUUCAGCGGCAUGAAAAGAAUUCUGAUGUCACCAAAGCAUAGGCCAGGAAAGGCACAGCCUGUGAAUGUGGCACAAAAUGUUGAUGCAAAGAAUAAUUCUAACAUUAAGAACAAUGUGAAUGGGCCUUUGCACAGAAGUAUGGUAGACUACAGAAACACAGAUGACAAUGAUACAGAGCAUACACUGUUUGAGGUUAACCGGCUGAUGAGAAGUCACAGUUUGGAUUCUGACAGUGGCAAUGGUUCAUUGGUAUCCUCUUUAAACUCGGCUUCUCUGCACCCAAACAGCACAGGCACAUCUGGUCAUAAUAGUAAAAAGAAGAAAACAAGUCAGCCGAAGGACAUCUUAUCAACAGAGCAUCAAAAUUACUUUGACAAAAAGUAUGCAGAAAUUAUGUCAGAAAUUCCACAGCCAAGUGAACCAUCUGGAAAUGGUGGAAAGGCCCCAUCAUUCUGUGAAAACCAUUUUAGUAUGAACAACACCGUCACAACCAGGACUGAUGAAACCAAGGAGAAGGACGAUAUCAGUGUAUGUCAGGAGGCUGUUGACAUUUGUCAGGAGGCUGUUGAUCAAGAGGAAAUUGCUCUGUUUCAGUUCAAGCAGCUGCCUGCACCUGACCAGUUUGGUUAUGGUAAUCCAUUCCUCAUGUUUGCCUGUCUCACCCUACUUCUACAACACAGGGACGUGAUAGUGAACACUGGCAUGGAAUAUGAUGAACUGGCCAUGUACUUCGACAAACGUGUACGCAAACACCAUGUGAACAAGGUCUUGCAACAGGCCCGCCAACUCUACACUGAAUACAUACGCAUGCAACAGAAACUACAGCAAGAUAAAGAUACUUUACCAGAAUUUAGUGUCUAAUAACUUGUAAAGUGAUGACUCUUACAGGUAGUACUCAUGUACAGACUUGAACAUGUAGUACCUGUAUACCAACUCUUACAUGUAGUACCUGUAUACUGACUCGAACAUGUAGAACCUGUACCUGUAUACUGAUUCAUACAUGUAGUACCUGUAUACCGACUCUUACAUGUAGUACCUGUAUACUGACUCUUACAUGUAGUACCUGUAUACUGACUCAUACAUGUAGUGCCUGUAUACUGAUUCAUACAUGUAGUACCUGUAUACCGACUCUUACAUGUAGUACCUGUAUACUGACUCUUACAUGUAGUACCUGUAUACUGACUCUUACAUGUAGUACCUGUAUACUGACUCGAACAUGUAGAACCUGUACCUGUAUACUGAUUCAUACAUGUAGUACCUGUAUACCGACUCUUACAUGUAGUACCUGUAUACUGACUCUUACAUGUAGUACCUGUAUACUGACUCUUACAUGUACUACCUGUAUACUGACUCAUACAUGUAGUGCCUGUAUACUGACUCAUACAUGUA